UCUGUGGUAUCUGUAACUUGUCACCUGUGCUUGUCACCAAGUGUCAAAGUUGAAAAGUUUUUGAUAAUUUUGUAUUUUCAUUAAGUUUAAUUACUAAUGUUUUGUUUAAUAGCAAUAUUAUAAAUGACUAUAAUUAAAAUGUAUAAAAACGUUGAAAUCCGUAAACUACCUGCGGAGCUCCUUUGCAAUAUUAUAAACAUUUUGGAAACCGACAAUGAUUGGAAAAAAUUGAUGUCCAACAUCCCAAAAGAUCUUCGUAGCCCAAGUUUCGAGCCUAAGUAUAAUAAUGAACAUAUAAGAAUGAUUGAAGAUUAUGCUAGAGAAAGCAAUCUUAAGUGUUCCGAAAUACUGUUUGAUGAGUGGGGAACAUCAGGAGUAAUAAGACCUACAUUAAGUGAUUUAAAAGAUAUCAUAAUCAGAACACAAAUAUACCGUGCUGCAGAUGAAAUAGCACUAAUUUUAAAUGAACCAAAACCUCAGCGGCCCUUAGAGGGACCUGCAGCUCCAAUAAGUACCAAUGUAACAGAUAUGUUAAGUGAUAGCACUAUGAAUAAUAUUGACUCUACAGAUUCAAUUCAAAUGCAGAAAUUCUGCAACGGACCCACAGCUCAAAUGAAAUCUGCCAGUAAUUUAAUAAAAUUCACUGGAACAAUACAGUCUGAUAAUAAUAACCAAAAACUCAUGCAAAAUGCAAAGGCAGAAAUAAAAUCUGCCAGUGAUCUCAUUAAAUUUUCGAAAAACCAAAUUCCAAAUAGUGGGGACAAUUUACAAUCGGUUCAAAAUGAUGAAUUUAUAGAGACCUCUAUGAAUAUACCAGAUUUAUCUGCAAUCUUGAGCAAAAGCCAACAAACAAUGGGAAAUUCUUCCCAAAGUACUACUACUAAUGAAAAUUCCAUUACUUAUAAUCAGAACCUAUACAGUGGCUAUCAAAAAUCAUUCCCUAACAUAAAUAUAUCACUUGCAAUAGAUAGUGCAAUACUUCAGGACACAAAAUUAAUUCACUUUGAAUAUGAAGAACUACAAGAUAUCACUAAUAAUUUUUCUGAUACUCUAUCUGUCAGGCCAGAUGGCCCCAGUGGUAGGAUUGGCAGUGGUGGUUUUGGUGAUGUUUUUGUUGGACAACAUCCAAAAUAUGGCACUCUGGCUGUCAAAAAAGUUCAUGAGCAUUUAACAUUACACAGAAAACGUGACAUUGCUAUAAAAGUUUUCAAUGCUGAAGUUAAAUUUUUGUCACAGUUUAGACAUAGAAAUAUUCUGCCUAUUUUUGGAUUUUCCAAAGAUGGUCCCAUGCCCUGUAUAGUUUGUGAGUACAUUGAUGGAGGAUCUUUGCAAGAGAAAAUAGCUGAGAAGGUCCUCACUGAGAUGCAACGAAUAAAUAUAAUGGAAGGAACUGCAGAGGGCCUUAAAUAUUUACACACAAGUGAACCGCAGGUGCAAAGUAAUGAGGAAUUGUUAAAUUUGGGAAGACCAGCUGAGUUUGAUUCAGAAAAUUCCUCCAAAAACUUUGUUCAUGGAGAUGUCAAGAGUGCUAACAUUUUAUUAACUAAAGACUGUACACCAAAGUUAUGUGACUUUGGCUUGGCAAAACAAUAUGAUGCAACUAUGGUCACAUCCUGUCCAAUGGGAACAUCAGCUUACAUGGCUCCUGAGGGUCUACACGGCACUAUUACACAAAAAAUCGACAUAUUCAGUUAUGGUAUAGUAUUAUUAGAACUUUUAACAGGUUUGAAACCUAUAGUUGUCACAAAUGGUGAAAAGAUAAAUAUAAAAGAUUAUGUGGAGGAUAAUUUCAAUGGAGAUAUUAAUUUACUAUUGGAUUCCACUGUACCUCAAUGGACUAAAGCCCAGGAACUCUAUGCCUUAGCUCAAAACUGCUUACAAAGGGAUAGAAAGAAAAGACCAAGCAUGAAUGAAGUGUGCAAUAUUUUGUAUGAAUUAAAAAACUAAUAUUUAAGGUAAUCAUAUAUUAUGUUAAGUUUAUAUUAUUUACAAAUAAAACAGAUAUUUUAUAUUUUAA